CCGCUGCUGCCAACCAUGUGGAAGCGUGCGAUCGUGCUGAGCUGCCUGGUGGCCGCGGCCCUAUCAUCGGAGUCCGACCUGGAAGGUGCCGAAACGGGCUGGAGUGGCUGGAGUAGCGGCGGUGGUGGUGGCGGCGGCUACGGUGGCGGUGGCGGUGGCAAAGUGAUCAUUAUUAAAACGGUCGGCGGCGGCGGCGGUGGCCACGGUGGUGGCUGGUCGUCGGGUGGAGGAUACGGAGGCAGCGGAUGGUCCUCGGCAGGCGGCAGCAAGGGCUGGUCGUCGGGCGGCGGUGGUGGCGGGUGGCCAAGCAGCUACGGUGGCUCGAGCAAGGGAUGGUCGAGCGGUGCCGGCAGCGGAUGGUCGCAGGGAGGUGGUGGCUACGGCGGAGGCCUCAGCUCGGGAUGGAGCAGCGGACGUAGUCUCGGCGGCGGUGGCUGGUCUUCGGGAGGUGGCCUCAGCAAGGGUUGGUCGUCGGGCGGAAGCAAGGGUUGGUCGUCCGGCGGUGGACUCGGCGGUGGCAGCUACGGCGGAGGCGGCUACGGAGGCGGGGGUGGCUGGUCGUCGCUGGGCGGUGGCUCGAGCAAGGGCUGGUCAUCGGGUGGCAGCCUUGGAGGCGGGUACGGCGGUGGAGGCUGGCCAUCCAGCGGUGGCCUCAGCAAGGGCUGGUCGUCGGGCGGUAGCGGAUUCGGUGGUGGCGGCGGCAGCCACGGAGGAUGGUCGUCGGGAGGCAGCAGCGGAGGCUACGGUGGUGGCUGGUCCUCCAGUGGGUGGUAACCGGGACCCAGGCGCCCCGGAGAGGCACACGGGAGCCUCACCCUCACUGCCCAGCGGUUGAUGAUUGUUGAUUGAUGCAAAUAAAACGGAGCAAAGCUUUUUUUUGUAAAUAACCCCC